AUGGUUCAAGUUGCAAGUCAGUCCUUGGUGAAGUUUAUAGUUCUCGUUUGUUUUUCCUCACUAAAAAAUGUUUAUGGCAAUUCUGUGAAUGUGCAGCAGCGUCCUACUCCUUUUACCAGCAUACAAUCUUGUAUUGAUAACCUGAAUGAACCUGGAGACGAAUGCGUUAUUCCCGGUGGACGCUACCAUGAACACGUGACCGUCAAUAACAAGCAUGGUACUCCCGACAAACCCAUAAUCAUCCGGGGCCUUGAAGAUGAUUACCCAAUCGUCGAUGGAACCGUUCAGCUUGAGCCCAAGGGAGGGUGGGUGAGGGAUGAUAGUGGUGCAUACAAGGCGGUCAUAGAUCAGGAUAUCUGGCAGUUAUUCGUCGACGGUCAGAUGAUGACCAAUGCCCGCUGGCCAAACGCACUCUGGUCCGACAAAACAGUUUUCAACUCUAGCUACUGGGCGAAAUCAUCCAAAGCGUCCACAAGGGGCGUUAUGGUUGAUAACGGCUCGAAGAACUUGGCAGGAAGUGGCUUGAACGCCACUGGGGCCAUGGCGAUUCUUAACAUUGGAAGCUUUAACACCUUUACAGCCAUUGUUGAAAGCCACACACCUGGUACUCCAGCCUUCACUUAUCAUGAUAAAUUCGGUCCCAUCAAGUUUAAACCUUAUAUAAAUCAGUAUUUUCUGGAAGAUAAGUUAGAGUUUCUUGAUCAACCUGAAGAAUGGUUUUAUGACAAAACAACGCGCACAGUUUACGUCAUGACACCUAAUGGCAAAUCCCCCGAGGGACAUGAAGUCAGGGCCAAAGUGAUGUCGUAUGCAUUUAACAUCACCAAUUGUAGCCACGUGAUUUUUCAAAAACUAACCUUGUUUGGCACAACGCUAUGGGCUUCUACUUUGAACAUCAACAACAACUUUAUCAACAACCUGACCUUCCAUUCGCUCAACUUUAGCUACCCUUCAUACACACGACGAAUGCUUCAAGAGACAGCACCGGCACUGUGGACCACAGUGAGGGCAAAUAACAAAAGGAAGGGGCUUAACACGCUGACGUUUUUCAACAACACUUUCUUUGGAACCGACGGAGCCGUGUUGGAGUAUAGCGGGUUAAACGUGACUCUUGCUAACAAUUUGUUUGAGUAUAACGACUGGACAGCAGCCAAUAUGGUGUAUCAGAGUGGUGGAAUAGGCACCAUCAUUUCCGGUGGAGUAGGCGACGUAUUUAUAAGAAACACGCUAAGAUUUAAUGGAGCAAGUAGUGGAAUCAGACCUGGCCUGCGACCCAUAGUUCGUCUAAACCAUCUUCAUCAUCAGUGUUGGGGACUUAUACAGGUAAAUGAAAACAAACUAUAUUCACUCUUUUAAAGACUAUCGCUCAAUUUGCAACUUUGAUUGAAAAAAAAAAAUAGUGUCGUGGAAUAGACUCUGUCCUUAUCAUUUCUCGAUUGUGUUUGGAGCGGCCAUGAAAUAUUGUUUGAAUGUGGAAUUAAAAAGGUGUUGGCUUAAUCUUUGGUUUAGUUUAACCAUCUUUCGAGGAAACGAGCCCUGAUUGGUUGAAGCAAAAUUUCCCUCGCGCCACGAUCAAUCAGUGACAUCAGCAUGGAAUCUCUGCAGAAAGUUCUUCAGACGUCAUUUCGCGUGAAAAUCAGUGGUGACGUCGCAAAAUGUCGGCUAUCUUCUCAGGCUAGAUUAGGGAUGGUUAUAGAUUUAACUGUAGAGAAAUGAAGCUGAGCGUUUUUUACCAUGAAUUUCUUUGCUUCACAAGGUUGUACCUCGAAAAGAAUUAAGCCUAUUGCAGUGUUUGUAGGAAAUUAUUCAUCUAUUAAUACAUUGUAUGCACUAAGUAAAACAUUUAGAGCUAUUAGUUCUUUCAAAACCGGGCGUACUUGUUACUUUACAGAAUGACGGUAGUCACGUGCAGACAACGAUAGGACCGCAGAAGCAGGCUCUGUUGGAGCAAAACUGGGUGCACUCAAGUCCCAAAUAUGGACUGCGGUUUGACGGGCAACCGCCCAACAUUGGAAGCAAUGGGAGCAUGCGCAGCAAUGUGGUGUGGAAAUGUGGAGGAAUGAUGGUGAAAGGGGACAACCACACAGUUCUGCAUAAUCUGGUCUUUAAUAAAUGGCACGAAAAGAAAGGCGAUCACCAAGGAGCAAAAUGCGCUCUAUGCGUCUUGCGAUAUGUGCGUGAAAACCCCGUGCCCAUCAACAAUGGCACUGUUGUCAUGUACAAUGCCGCUGAUGUGGGGAACGGCGGAGUUCAUGGAGGGAAGGUAUACCCGCUGGCCGGACGCGUUGUCAAGUUUAAUGUAAUUUCAAAUGUCAGCAAGCAGCUUGUUGAUCCAGAUAACUUUGAUUUUCGUCCUUUGUCCAAUUCGUCGUACCUACUGCAUGGCGCUGGUCCGUAUAGUUAUGAUCCAAAGUUGACGCACUACUGGAUUCCAGGGCGUCAACUUUACAAGGCAAGCACUCCUGUCCCCCCGGAUAACGGUGUGAACGUCAAGCCUGACAGGAGGGACACUUUGAUGUGGCUGAAUGCUUAUGGGGCUUCCAUUCAUCGGGUAUAUUUUGGCACUAGCAGGGAGGGGGUGAGCAGAGCCACGCAUGACUCACCAGAGUACCUUGGAUUGGUUGAAAACGAGAGCAACGUUUUCUAUCUAAAGAGAGUUCUGGAUCCCCAAACCAAGUAUUUCUGGCGUGUUGAUGCUGAAGUGAGCCCAUCCGAGAUACACAAGGGUGAUGUGUGGUCUUUCACUACAGGUGAAGGCUUUCGUAGCCUGUCAAAUGCGGAAAUCGCUUGGAAUUCAAGGCUUUUCCUUUCCUUUCAAAUUACCAUGACCAUGUUAUUGAUGCUCAUGAUUCACUAG